AUGGGCUCACUUCAAAAUGUCGCUCACGACGAGGACCCUCAGGUACACCCCCUCCACUUGACGCCAUACGAUGCUCUGCCGAACAAGAAGCAAGUAUGGCCAGGCGAGCCUAACACGAGAGAGGAGGGGCUGGGUCGCCUUGUGCUCCUCACACCAGAUGUCGUCGCCUCUGCUGCAGCGACAAGCAUUCGAAGCGGACGGCGUGUGAAUCUUGGGUGGGAGUUGAACAAGCUGGAAAUCGCCAACUUUGGCCGAGUACCCUGCAGGCACGAGAUUGUCGGCAUUCUCGGCGGCGCUGCUUUUGACGACGUCUACACGUUCAAUCCACAGCAGAGUAGUCAAUGGGACGGGCUCAGGCAUUUCUCCCAACCAGAUCCGAUCGAGUCUGAGCCAGAGAGGAGGGUGUUUUACGGUGGUGUGACUAGUCAGGAAAUCAUGGAUGUAACGAAUCACCGGAUUGGGCUGCAGUAUUGGGCGAAGGAGGGUAUCUGCGGACGAGGGGUGCUGUUGGACUAUGUCUCAUACGCCGAAAAGAGAGGCAUUGACUACUCGACGUUCAGCGACCACUCAGUCCCCCUCAGCGUACUACUCGAGAUCGCUCAAGAGGAGAAUGUGACGUUCAAACGUGGUGACAUCCUUUUCGUGCGCAUGGGUGUGACUAAAGAAUGGGACACGCGCAUGACAUCGCAGGACAAGAAUGCCUAUGCAACGACCAAGACACCUCAACACGCUGGCGUCGAAGGCACCGAGGAAAUGCUGCGCUGGUUGUGGGACACAGGCUUCUCUGCAGUGGCGGGUGACGCGAUAUCAUUUGAAGUCUACCCUGCUAAGAAGAGUUAUCCACGCGGUGAAGGAGAGCCUGAGGUGGAAGGAGUCUUUAUGCACGAAUACCUGCUGGCGGGAUGGGGCAUGCCGAUUGGCGAGCUCUUUGAUCUCGAGGCAUUGAGUGCGAUGUGCAUCAGGGAGCACCGUUGGGAGUUUUUCGUCGCGAGCGCCCCAUUCAACAUGCCUGGAGGCGUCAGCAGUCCGCCAAAUUGCAUAGCCAUCUUCUGA